AUGUCAACCUCAACCUGGAAAUCCAAAGCUCGAGUGCGCACCCGCACCGGCUGCUUCGAAUGUCGCAAACGCCGCAAGAAAUGCGAUGAGCAAACACCAGCGUGCCAAAGAUGCGUCAACCUUGGCUCACACUGCACUUGGCCCACAACCACCACCCAGCUCAUGGACGGCCGAAGGCGUGAGAGACGUCAAUGGAAGUCUAAGUGCCCAAGUCUGUCAAAUGAGGAUAAGGCUCUGUAUACACAUUUCGCGACAACCGUGAUGCCGCAGCUUGUGCGACCGAAUUGUCCGUCUAUGUACAGUGAUCAAUCGCACAUACUCCGACUAGCCCAGGAAUUCUCUCCGCUGAUGGCGAUUAUGAUUGCCAUUGCAGCUCUUGAUCUCGGUAACGAUGCACUCGCCAUGCAGCACUACCUGCACUCGCUGCGCAGUCUGCAGGGUUGCAUAAUAGGUGCCCCCGGCACCGGGAAUGAAGACGGCUUAUUGGCUACGACAAUAUGUCUCUGUGUGUUUGAAAAUGUCCGACCGGAUGUGCCCCCAAAUAUCAGUCUGCAUGCGAAGGCUGCUGGCGAGCUCCUUUGCCGACGACGCCCAGAAGAGACCGUCCAAUCCCCGUCCCAGCCAGCAGUAGUAUUUCAACGCACUUGUGUGGAAUCGUUCCUGUAUCACAGCACGCUUACGAUGCUGUUUACCCCCUCCCUCGAUGCAAUAGCAGGCAACAUACCUCUGUAUUUGGCCUUUGCAGCCAAUGAUGAACAAACUGUUCCGCAACCUAUCUUGGAUGAACCUUAUUAUUUCUUUAUCAUGAUUGCAAAUGUGACGCGAAUCGCUCGGUUGGCCCGCGACCUAAAUCAAGAAGAACACCAGAUGUGGACACGCCUUCAGAGCGACAUCGUGCAAUAUGAGCGCAAGGACGAUAGUGAUAACUCCAUGAGAAUACUCUACUCACGAGCUGUUCGAAUCUUGUUACUCAAGAAAGAUCCUACCCGGGGAACUACACAAAGAGCAUCCGAAAUAAAAGCCCUCUUCCACGAAGGACUGAUUCUCUUGGAGAAAAUAGACAUCCAAAACUACUUCCUCAGUUAUGCUCUAUGGCCUGUGGCUGUGCUUGGUGCUGUUGCCGUGAGCGCAUCUGAACAGCACACCAUAAACAACAAGAUUAGUCCAUGGGCUCGCAUGAGGCGCGGGCAGGCAGUGCGAUUGCAAGAGCAACUGAUGAAUAUUUGGGCCUCACCACGGGAACCCGAAGACAUACUACUACUGCAACAAUUACAGUUGUUGAUGGAACCAUCUUGA